UGAUUAGUGUUAACAAAAAAAAAAUAAAGAAGAGGUCUUUACGUUGAUUUUAUUUUUAUUAUUGAGCAUUUCUUUCUAUGUUCUUGGGAGUUCAUCUUAUUUGUUAUUUGAUUGUUGGAGUCGGCUUUUCUUUAUUCCUUAUUUAAAUUUCUUGCGGGAUUUUUUUUUUUUUGGAGAAAGUGUUUUUAAGGAUAAAAGAGUGUUUUCGUUUGGGUUUCUGUGGAUUGUACUUUUGUUGAUUUAAUUGGAAGUGGUUGAUACUUGAAUUUUGGUUGGUGAAUGUGGUUUUCGUUCUUGGAUAUUAGAUUGUCGCAGUUAGAUACUUCCUUGGAGGCUUGAGUACAGGACUUGUAUCGCAAUGGAAACACAACUAGUAUGAACUGUUUGUAUGAUUGCUGGAGAUUGAAUGUAUUGGUUUCUGACGAUUAUCGACUCAUAGGGAUGUGAAGUCAAAAAGCUUGCACAGCGAGUGUCAAUCUUUGCCUAGCUCUGUGGGAACAAGGUCACAAGUUCUUCUGGAUGAGUAAAAUCAUCUCUUGAAUGCAAUUUUCACAAGAAGCAAGUAUAGCAUGCUCGCCCUUGUUGUGCUCCUGUGCAUGAAGAGAAAGGAUACAAGUUGCCAAUUUUUUGAUAGCAGACUAUAGUUUGAGAACCUGCUGCUUGUUGAUCAUGUUGUCAUGAAGGCUGAGCCAUCUUUUUGAAGAACUAGCAAUUAUGAACAUUUGAACAAUGUGGAACAGCUUCCGGCUUCAAGAAUCCCUAUCUUUGCGAUUUUAAAGUUGGAAAAUCAUGGCAAAGCUUGGUUCCAUCAGCUGCAGGGCUUGCAGUGGACUCGUUGGGAAAAAAAAUGUGACUGUGAGGUUCACUAUAGCAACGAUCAUAGGAAUUGUGGUUGGCUUUUUGAUUGGAAUUUCUUUUCCUACAAAGCUCUGCUUUCCUUCUAGCGUUAUUCCAUACAUUGAAGACAGGAACUGGGUCACAACUCAAGCAUUGUUGAACCAUGCUUUGACAUCUGCAAGAAAUCGCAGCGGAAACAAUUCAAACGAUUUCAAUGAUACUUUAAAGACUUAUGUUCCAACAAAACCUCGAGGUGCAGAAAGACUGCCACCAGGCAUCAUUGUAUCAGAAUCAGAUUUUCAUCUUCACAGAUUAUGGGGGAACCCUGAUGAGGACUUAACCAUCAAGCAGAAGUACCUUGUAACGUUCGCAGUUGGAUAUGACCAGAAAAAAAAUAUUGAUGCAGCAGUCAAAAAGUUUUCUGAAAACUUUACGAUCUUACUGUUCCAUUAUGAUGGCCGAACUAGUGAAUGGGAUGAAUUUGAGUGGUCAAAACGGGCUAUUCAUGUGAGCGCUAGGAGGCAGACUAAAUGGUGGUAUGCGAAGCGAUUUCUGCACCCUGACAUCGUGGCUCCAUAUGAGUACAUAUUUAUCUGGGAUGAAGACCUAGGUGUAGAGCAUUUUAAUGCAGAAGAGUACAUUAAACUGAUAAAGAAACAUGGGUUGGAAAUAUCACAGCCUGGUUUAAUGCCAAACAGAGGAUCUAUAACCUGGCGAAUGACCGAAAGGAGAGGGGAUCAUGAGGUCCACAAAGAAACAAAGGAGAGACCAGGCAGGUGUUUCGAUCCUCAUACUCCACCAUGUGCUGCGUUUGUCGAGAUUAUGGCGCCCGUCUUCUCUCGAGAUGCAUGGCGCUGUGUGUGGCAUAUGAUUCAGAAUGACUUGGUCCAUGGAUGGGGUCUCGAUUUUGCUCUUAGAACAUGUGUGGAGCCUGCUCACGAGAAAAUAGGAGUGGUAGAUUCUCAGUGGAUCGUUCAUCAAGUGAUUCCUUCACUUGCGAACCAGGGCCAGGCUGUUAAUGGAAAAAAACCAGGGGAAGCGAGGGUUUGUUCAUUGUGCUGGUUGUUGUUUGGCAACGUCCAGGUGGAGGAGCGGUGCCACAAAGAGUGGCGGAUGUUCCAAAAACGAAUGGAGAUAGCAUACUACAUGGAGAUCGGAUUCCCUCCCCCAACAUGAUGGCUGCUAUAGAUUAGUAUUGUAAGGAUUUUUUUUUUUUUUGUAUAAAUACCCUCCUAUAUUUUAAAUUUUACACGAAUACCCUUCCAAAAUUAA